UUCGUUCGCGAUCCGCCGUCGUGCAUGCUUGUGUUUUACGAGACACUAGUUUAUUUUAACUUUUCCGUUUUAAACAUUAUUUUAAAUGUUUAAAAGGUACUUAAUUUAAACAUAGUUAAGUUAGUGAAGUCAUUCGGAUUGUUUAAUACAGUGCUACCUGCAAUUGUGCCUUAUACAAAUUGGAAUUCGGAUGGAAUCUACCAAAAGUGAUUCGGUGUGUUCACUGUUCAGUGCCCAUUGGAUUUGAAAGUUUAAUAUCGUGUUGAAGCUGUACCAAACCGUGGCCUCCAGGAAGCAGGCCGGUGGAACGAGCGACAGUCCACCAAAAACUGUUCAGUCAAUGUGUUUAUUGGAAAAGCGUGAAAAGCUUACUCCUCUAAACAUGACUAUAGCAACGAGACUGCCGUCACAAAAUGCGUGUGUUGAAGUGGGGGUCCCACUUAGCAACUGGUCGACUGGCGUUGCAUGCUGUCCCAACUGCAAACAUGAGCUGCGAGUGUCGCUGGCAUGCUCCAAACACGUGCAGUCACCUGUGACACCCCUGACUCCGACAUUAACCAUCCAGCCGACUUACUUGCCACACUCACCACUCUACACUCCAUCGUCACCGUUAAUACCUUCACCGUACAAUGAUGAACUAAGAAGGCUAGCAGAUACAUUAAGAGCUUUAAGAUUAUCCGGAUGGUAUUAUGGGAACCUUGACUGGCAGGGGGCGAGGAAUCUUUUGAAGGAUGCAAGUGUUGGUGCCUUCCUCGUCAGAGACUCGGGAGACCGGAAUUUCAUAUUCUCACUCUCCACACAGACAGAGCGAGGUCCCACGUCGGUCAGACUUCAUUAUGAGCAGGGUUUCUUUAGGCUAGACUGUGACCGACCCUUAGCGAGGUAUAUGCCCCGGUUUCGAUGUGUCGUCGAGCUGGUACAUUACUACAUAAGGAUGGGAGAGAGAGGGACAGAGAAUACAGUGUGGGUAGAUCGGGAAGGCUGUCAACACUCCCCUGUCCUCCUCAAAUCACCUCUGAAAAAAUCACCACCGUCACUCCUCCACCUAUCUCGGCUAGCAGUACAUAGGACGCUCGACUCGAAUCCCUUAACGCCAAAACUGUGGACGGCACCGAGGCAUAGGCUCCUACCCCUGCCCUCGACGUUAAUAGACUAUCUCGGGGAAUAUCCAUACUCAAUCUAAUGUUCAAUAAUUGUGUCAGAGUGAUGCCUAGCGAAGAUAUUAGGGUAUUAGGUAAAUGUGUAGCUGUUUUAAGUUAAGAAUGUGUUGUGUACAAAUAUUAUUCCUAAUUGCUAGUACAGGAUGCUAGAGUAGGGCAGGAACCUUUACCGUAAUAGUUGUAUGUUAACUCUAAGUAUUGAUAUGGGACUCAAUUAUUGUAUUAGCUAAAUAUUUAUACAGAUAAAAUAAUACUGUCUGUAAUCUGUAUA